AUGUAUAAAAAGAAAAGUGAUUCUCAAGAAAUAAAACAAACUAAUGCUGCUCUGCAAUGUUUUAAACAAGCUAAAGAAGCUUUAAAAAAUAACGAUCUGUUAAAAGCACGAGAAUUGUUUACAAGGGCAAUUAAUUUGAAGUCGAAUUAUAUCCCAUUCUACGAUUGCCGUGCUUCGACGUAUGAAAAGCUCGGUCAAUUAGAAGCUGCUUUACAAGACGCGUUAUCUAUGAUUAAAUUGGACAAAACCUCAGUAAAAGCUUAUCUUCGCGCUGGCAAAGUUUAUAGAUUAUUGAAUCAGACUUCUAAUGCAAUUAAAAUUUAUAAUGUUGGAUUGUCACUUGUUAUUACCAAAGAUCAAUAUUACGAGUUGCUUCAAAAACAAAGUGAAGAUUUGCAGAAUAAAUUGCGUAAUAAAUUGCGUCAGUCUGAUUCUUCUAAUACAUAUGACAUGAUGUGUAUUCUUCCACCAGAACUUAAAGAUGAUAUUUUAAAAAGACUUCCUUUUACAAAUCUUUGCAAAGCUUCAGCCGUAUCUAAAACCUGGAGAAAAUACAUUCUCUCUUCAGAAAUUUUAUGGCAUAAUUUGGAUUUUGAGAGACCAUUUUUUAAUACUCUCAAUGAUAAUAUAAUCCGUGUUUACGUUAAACGAGGUGGAAGACGUGUAAAAAAAUUGAUUUGUGGUGACUCUCCAAAAUUAACUGACAAAACUUUGAAGAUUCUUAGAGAAGCUCAAUGUGACCGUUUACAAUAUAUAGCGAUCUCAAAUUCAAAUGUCACCGAUGAAGGCAUAAGAGCAUUUAUUAAAACAGUUGGUUUAGAUUUGAAAACAAUAGAAUUUUCAAAAUCUGACAUCACAAAUAUGACAUUAUCUGUCAUAUUGUCGAAAUGUAAACAACUGGAAUCUUUGAAUUUAUCUUUCUGUGAAAGCUUGACUUCGGAAGCAUUCAAUCCAGCGCUCGUGGAUAAUAAGGCUUUAAAAUUGAAGAAUAUAAACUUGCAAUGUCAUGGCCAAAUAAAGGGAAAUGUGAUUGAUUAUUUGAGUUUAUUAUUUCCGAAUCUUGUUCAUCUUGAUUUGGCUGGAAUUAGUGGAUUAACUACCAAGUCUAUAGUUAGUUUAACCAGUUUUAAGGAUUUGAAAUUCCUGCAGAUAACAGGCGAUUUGCCAGUGGAAGGGACUCUUUCAUUAGAAGAUGCUUUUGAGGUGUUCAUUGGAAUUUGCACACAACUUAAUUCCUUUAGUUUAAAGGAAUGUCAAAGCUUAACAGAUAAAUGUAUCCGAAAAUUGGUUCAAUCAUGUGACGAUUUGAAAGAGCUCGAUUUUACAUCUAGUAUCUAUUUGACAGAUGAAACAAUGUGUCUUAUUGGAAAUUAUUGUGAACAAUUAAAAGUCUUGCGCAUUGGAAAAUCUCCGGGAAUAACUGAUGUCGGUGUUAUAAAAGUUAUGAAGUCAGGUUGUGGAUCUUUAUUAGAAGUGAUCGAUUUACAAAGUAAUUCAAAUAUUACCGAUAAAACUUUAGAAGUAAUGGGUUCACAUGCCAAAUGUUUAAGGGAAGUUAACUUCAAAUGGUGUAAAAACGUUACUGGAAGUGGUGUUGGACCUUUGGUCAGGCAAUGUGGCAACACUCUGAAACACUUGAUCUUACAAGAAUGUUAUAAUGUUGCUCCUGAUGCGAUAGAGUUAGCUAGAAAAAUUCUUGGUAAAAAUGGUGGAUUAGUUAGUUAUGAGUUUCGGGGAAGAUUUUAA